UGCAUUGACUGCCAUAAAUUGAGUAACAAUGCUGCAGGCUGCACAGGCUUGCCACGCCUGUCGAGACCGGAAGAAACGAUGCGACAAGGCUCUACCAGAAUGCUCUGAAUGCCGGAGGUAUUUACUCGGGACGAAUACUUCCGUUGAAAAGGACUUCACUCGCUAACAUGCCAUUUGUAGGAGAGACGUACAAUGUCAGUACAGUCAGAAAGUAGAGGAACGUGGCAUGGUUGAGUCGCUAGAGCAGAAAUUGAUGUCUCUGGAGCGGUCGAUGAGAGUUACUGAGAGGGGUACUGUCAAUACCGAUAAGCAACAGCAUUUGCCCGUUUUUCAACUUGAGCGUGAUAUUCAGUAUCAAGUUUCGUAUCCGGUUUCUAAGAGAUGGUAUUUUCCUAUGUUGUUACAUUACAGUCGGUGCCUCUACGCCAUCCUUGAUUUGGUGGAUCGCUGUGUUGACAGACAUGACAAAAGGAUUUCACUCUAUGGUCCCAACCAUCAAGAAUCUGAGUCCAGAAAGUGCUGCAUACAAGUUACGCACUUCAUGGGUAACCGGGUAUCUCAAUAAUCCGGCCAUGUUUCAUGGGAUACUGUAUGCUGCUUCUGCGAAUCUCGACUUGAUAAAUGGAGAGCAUGAUAAUCCAGUGACUAGUUUUCAUCGUGCCGAGGCAAUACGAUUGGUGCAGGAGACAAUAUCGGUUCUACAAUCGUAUGAUGAUUUGCCACUUGCAGUGCUAGCUGCGACAUGGGCAUUGGCGCAUGUUGCUAGACUGAAUGGAAGCACUUCCGAGGCACAUCUUCACGAGGUUGGACUUGCGCAAAUGAUUCGCUUGAAAGGUCUGGAUCCUGAUGUAGGAUUUGGCGGAGCACUUUCGUUCCUAAUCAUGCUGAGCGAUAUUUGGAAUGCUGUCAUCAACGAGGAAGACGCGACUCUUGAAUUCGUCAAUGAGCGUCAAUCUCCCUAUAUUGCUCAACCGAGAAGAAGCCUUCUCUCAAAUGCUUUGCAAUAUGCUCCAGCUGGAGAACUAUUAUCAAAAGAUAUUAUGCUUCUUCUGCAUAUGGUUGACGACUCUCAAGAUAAAUGUUAUACAAACGAUAUGACGGUUGCGGAAGAACCUUCAUAUACAUCUGUACCCGUUUCCACCCAAAACCAACCUCCCAACGAUCAUGAAUACAUUAUUACGCCCCUUCUACAAGCCGAAAGUCUCGCCUCUCAUCAAAGAGAAGACUAUAUAUCCGAAUGCUGCUGUCUCGCUGCUAUAAUCUACUACCAAGUCCUAUCUACAAACACGCCAUUCCUUUCGCCCAAGAACGAAUCUAUAGCCAACCAACUUUUCAUAUCACUUCAACACAGUGAUAUGGAAGUAUGGAUGGAAAAGGCACCGGAACUACACAUCUGGGCUUGCUAUGUAGGUGCUUUCGCAUCAGUGAAUAGGGGGCAGCGAGUAUCUUUUUUGGCUAGGUCAAAGACUUCUGUUGCUGUUCUCAGUCCGGAUCGGAUUUUACGUUUCCAGGAUGGGGUUGGGCAUCUUUUGUGCUUGUCAAGAUCACUGAGGCAGUAGCAGGCUACUGUCUAGAAAAGUGAUAAAGUUCUAUCAUAAGCUCCGGCGUUAGGGCUUUACUGAGAGAUCUGACAUUUGUCCUAUUCGAUACAUAUGACUGUCAUGAAUUUGUAUAAUGAUUCAAAACAAAAAUCUUCCAUCGUG